ACUGGCAACUGGAGAAGAGCCUAUCACAGUUCACAGAGCUGAAGCUGAUUGAUAAGUUCUGGUACUGUUCAUUCAGUAAAUCUUGUAUCUGUCGUGGAAGAAACGAACAUUCACGCAGCCAUGGACGAAGCUCAAGAAAUUCUACUGAACAGUCUCGGCAGCUUGGGUGUUUCUCUUCCUCCGGGGGUUUCUUCGGUCCAAGAUCUCAACCCAGGCACAUUGGUUUCGAUCUGUGCUCAAUCGCUUCACCUGAUCGACGAUUCUUUAUCCUUCCCAACGUCCUUACCAGAUAUAAUGGCCGAGCGGUUCAAGAUCUGUGCAGAGAUUGCUUCGGCCAUUAAAGGUGUUGGUUACAGAGGAGAUAUAAGCUUCAAUCAGUUCCUGUAUCCUUCUGAAGAGGACUCAUAUAAGUUGGUGAGGUUCUUGGUGGAGAGAUUAUCUGAAGCAUCAGAAGGUGGGAAAAAUGCUAACAAGAAAAUUGAUGGUGUAAUAAGAUCAGAAAACAAUAAAUUAGAAGUUGUGCUGAAGGAUACAGUAGAAAAGGAUGAUAAUCCAAGGUUACAUCUCAAUCAGCUAAUUGUUACAACUGGAUUAAACGAUCUGAAAUUGGAGACAGAGGUGGUAGAGACUACAUGUCCUGUGGAUAAGGAGUUCUCUGUUAAUGGGCCCAUUGAUGCUUGCCUGGCUCCACGAGAUAAGGCUGAGAAAGGUGCUGUUGGCAUAUCUGGAGAAGGGUCGCUAGAGUCUAGUAAGGAAGCGAGAUGCAGAAGACUGGAAGAUGUCAAGGAGUUAAUAGAAGAAUCUGGAAACUUAAAAGGGGCUUCUUAUGGAGUCAGAGAAAGUCCAGCCAAUAGCUACACUGUAUUUGAGCAGAAUCUGGCUUUUCUUCAGGAGCACUCAUCCAAGAUACAAAACCAGAUUAAGGAUUUGCACAGUGAAGGAAAGAUGUUAUUGGAGGAGUUGUCAUCAAGGGUUUUAGAAUCUCAGUGUCUACAAUAUGAAUAUAAUGUACUUGAAGCAGUGGUAGGAAUGGCAACUGAUCAUGAAAAACCUAUUGACUUGUACGUUGAAGAUCUCAAUAAGCGAAUAGAAGCAGGAAGAAAUGAUCUUGUCGAACUUGGAUCGCAAUGGGAUGCUUUGAAUAAACCUCUGGAGGAUAAAAAGAGAAGCCUGGAGGAGUCGCUCCAUGCUCAAACACCAGAGGUUCUGGACAAGCUCAAAAAAUUGAAAGAAGUUGAGUUGCAGACACAAGAAAUCAUCUCUGAAAUUCAAAAGAGAGAGGAAGAACAUUCUAGACUAUCUGCUGAGCUUAAGGACCAACCAAAAGUUGCUUCACGAAAAUCCUAUAUUCAGAGGAUUUCUGAGAUCACAAAGAACAGUAGGAAACAAGAUGCUGAUAUUGAGCGGAUAUUACAAGAGACUAGAGAGCUUCAGAUAGAGAGUAAUUCCAUCCAAGACCGUCUCCAUCGAACUUAUGCUGUGGUUGAUGAAACCAUAUUCAGGGAUGCAAAGAAAGAUUCAGUGAGUCGGCAGGCUUAUAGGCUCCUUACGAGCCUCCACCAGAGCUUUGAACAGAUCUCAGAGAAAAUCCUUGCCACUGACAGAGCUCGGAGGGAGAUUGCUGAGCACGAAGCAAAGCUUGCAGCAAUGGCCUCUCGUAGUUUAGACAUCAAUAGACUACAAACUGAUCUUGAUGCCAUCAGGAGGGAGAAUGAGUUCUUGGAGCAAAGAUUGCAUAACAGAGAGAUGUAAAUACCCCCCUCCCCCCUCCAGAAUGUGAUUUUUCAUACAUCACUUGUAGAUUAAGUCCAUUAAUUUUUCUAGAAUCUAAAUUUUGAGUUUAACAAUGAAAAUUUUAGUUUCAUUUAUUUAUUAUGAUUGUCUAUUUUCCUUCCCCAAUUGUGCUAUGCCUUUGUAAAAUUCAUGGCUCUUAAACCUGUCAAGUAGUUUCAAUAUUUUCAUGUAAUCAUCGUUGUCACCCUAUGAGCUUAAAAAUUCUACGUUGUAACUGAAAUCAUAUUCCAAAUGUUCAA